UUAACACAUUGCACAUGAUGUACCAUGAGGCCACAGCGUGCCAUGUGACUGGAGAUCUGGUAGAGCUUCUGUCUAUAUUCCUUUCAGUUCUAAAGUCAACCCGUCCAUAUCUUCAGAGAAAAGAUGUGAAGCAAGCUCUAAUUCAGUGGCAGGAGCGAAUUGAAUUUGCUCAUAAACUCUUAACUCUACUAAAUUCAUAUAGUCCUCCAGAACUCAGAAACGCUUGUAUCGAUGUCCUCAAGGAGCUUGUACUUUUAAGUCCUCAUGAUUUCCUACAUACUCUGGUUCCAUUUCUACAGCACAAUCAUUGUACAUACCACCACAGUAAUAUCCCAAUGUCUCUUGGACCUUAUUUUCCAUGUCGCGAAAAUUUGAAAUUAAUAGGGGGAAAAAGCAAUAUUCGUCCUCCUCGUCCUGAACUUAAUAUGUGCCUCUUGCCUACCAUGGUGGAAGCCAGCAAGGUACAGUGGUCGCAAGGACACACUGGGUGCAGGCACAGCCCCAGUGGACACUGCUAUUCAGAAAGAAUCCAAUCUCCUGCACAUGGGGCCUAUGUGCACGUAGAUGGGAAUCUGUGUGGGCAACACAUUUCGAAGAAGCACGGUUACUGUAGGGGCAAAGAUGAUGUUUAUGAUCGUAUGCUGCUAGACUAUUUCUUCUCUUAUCAUCAGUUCAUCCAUCUACUAUGUCGAGUUGCGAUCAACUGUGAAAAGUUCACUGAAACUUUAGUUAAAAUGAGUGUGCUAGUUGCGUAUGAAGGUUUACCACUUCAUCUUGCAUUAUUCCCCAAACUUUGGACUGAGCUGUGCCAGACUCAGUCUGCUAUGUCAAAGAACUGUGUUAAGCUCCUCUGUGAAGACCCAGUUUUUGCAGAAUACAUAAAAUGUAUUCUCAUGGAUGAACGGACCUUUCUUAACAACAACAUUGUAUAUACCUUCUUGACCCAUUUUCUUUUAAAGGUCCAAGGACAGGUGUUUUCUGAAGCAAACUGUGCCAACCUAAUCAAUACUCUAAUUACAAAUCUAAUAAAUCAAUAUCAAAGCCUAGAGUCUGACUUCAGCAACCAGAGGAUUGAAAUUUCCAAAGCAAGCUCUACUUUAAAUGGGGACCUCCGAGCACUUGCCUUGCUGCUUUCAGUGCACACUCCCAAACAGCUCAAUUCAGCCCUGAUUCCAACGCUACAAGAACUUUUAAAUAAAUGUAGAGCUUGUCAGCAACAGAGGAACUCAUUGCAAGAGCAAGAAGCCAAAGAAAGAAAAACUAAAGACGAUGAAGGAGCUACUCCUGUAAAAAGGAGACGGGUCAGCAGUGACGAGGAGCACACUGUAGAUAGCUGUAUCAGUGAUAUAAAAACUGAGCCACGGGAGGCGUUGACCCCAACAAGCACUUCAGAUAACGAGACAAGGGACUCUUCAAUCAUUGAUCCUGGCACUGAACAAGAUCCUCCUUCCCCUGAAAACAGUUCUGUCAAAGAGUACAGAAUGGAAGUUCCAUCUUCAUUUUCAGAAGACAUAAUGUUAGCAACGAGGUCACAACACACAGAAGAGCAGCCGGGAAAUGGGAAAUUUGAAGAGUGCAAGGAAUUUAAAGACCUACAGACUUCAAAAAAUUCCCUUGUAGCAGAGGAGGACGCUGAGUUUCCUUCCACUUCAAUUUCAGCAGUUUUAUCUGACCUCGCAGAUUUGAGAGGCUGUGAUGGUCAAGCCUUACCAUCCCAGGACCCCGAAACUAGUUUAUCAAUCAGUUGUGGCCAUUCCAGAGGACUUUUUAGUCAUAUGCAGCAGCAUGACAUUUUAGACAUCCUGUGUAGGACCAUUGAGUCUACGAUUCAUGUGGUCACAAGGAUAUCUGGCAAAGGAAACCAAGCUGCUUCUUGACAUUUAAGUCUUUUAUUUUCUCCCCCCAAAAUGCUGUUUGUAUAAGUUUUGCUUAUUUCUGUUUUGUGCUUCAGUUUGUCCAGUGCUCUCUGCUUGAAUGGCAAGAUAGAUUUAUAUGCUUAAUUCUUGGUCAGGCAGAACUCCAGAUUUUUUUUGUUUGUUUGUUUUUUGGGUUUUUUUUUUUUUUUUUGCAUCUACCGUACAUUUUCUUAAAGGGCAAUCAAAUAAUGGGUAUGUUUUAUGUAAUUAAGAGUUCACUGUGGUGGCUUUCAUUUAAUAUGGCUGUCGGGGAGGACAGGGCCUCCUUGCCCUGUAUGAUGUAAUUUAAACUUAUGGCAUUUUUACUGUGUAUAAUAUGGUGUCCUCUGUGCCAGUUUUGUACCUUAUAAUAGAGGCAGAUUGCCUCAGAUCGCUGUGGUUCUUAUUAUCAAAAUUAAGUUUACUUGUAUACUAAACAACCACAAGAAAUUUGAUUCUGUAAAGAAUCCUCUUUAGCUGUGGCCUGGCAGUAUAUAUAUGGUGCUUUAUUUAACAGAAUACCUGUGGAGGAAAUAAAGCACACUUGAUGUAAAAUUAAUUGUUUUAUUUUUAUUGACAUGAUCAAUUGCUAUUCUGUGCACUUCAUUAAACUGAUUGUGAUGACUUUUCA